UUCUAGUCUCAUACUUGGAUUUCAUCCCUCUCGGGGAAUAAAAUUCCUCCUUACCCAUCAUCCAACAACUGCUGCCCUAGUCGAUUUCGCAUGGUCUAUACAUAUUCCAGUUUCUCUUGAAAUUGGCGCCAUCUCCUCUUCAAAAUGGCGGUGAUCCGAUUCACUCCUCCUCCUCUACUUUGCCCUAGCACUAGCAGCUUCAAACAAAAACCCACGUACUUAAACCUCCACUCAAAAACUUCCACCAUUAAAUUAAUCUCACUCAAAACUAGACACACUAGAAUCCACUCCUCAUUUUCUCCUGUAAACCACUCCUCCGUAAACAAGCAGAAGACCGAGUCCCGAUUCGAAUCGUUACCUCUAACUCUCCCAUCUCUCUCACCAAUCAAACCCUUUGUUCAAUCAGAAUGGAAAUCGAUUAUUAAGGGUUGGGUUUGUAGUUUUAUCUCAGUUUAUUGUCUUUCUAAAGUUGUUCCUAAAGUUGGGAAAUUCUCUGAGAUUUUCAGUAAAAUUGAUGCUACACGAUUGCCGAAAGAGGGUUUGUUUUUGGGGGUUUUGGUUUUGGCUAGGUUGGUGGCGACUUAUUGGCAACAGGUUUUCCUUUGGGAAGCGGCUUUGAAUUCUUCUUAUAAGAUUAGGGUUUAUGUUUAUGAGAGGGUUUUGAAGAGAAAUUUGAGCUUUUUUGAAGGUGGGGGUGGUGUUUUGACUGGGGAUGUUGCGUAUCGGAUUACCGCUGAGGCUUCGGAUAUUGCUGAUACUGUAUAUGCUUUACUCAAUACGAUUGUGCCGAGUGGGCUGCAAUUAGCAGCAAUGGCAACUCAGAUGAUGAAAGUUAGUCCAAUUCUUUCGUUGGUUUCGGCCUUGGUCAUUCCGUGUAUAUGCAUUGUUAUUGGCUAUCUAGGCCAUCGGCUUGCAAAAAUAUCAAAGAAGGCACAUCUUACUGUGGCCAAGUUGUCUGCUUACUUGAAUGAGGUCCUUCCGUCGAUGCUUUUUAUAAAAGCAAGUAAUGCUGAGCGGUGUGAGAGCGCACGUUUCCAAAAGCUUGCACAGGCAGACCUAUCUGAACAGUUGAAAAAGAAGAGAAUGAAAGCAUUCAUUCCUCAGAUUGUACAAGGUGUAUAUAUCGGAACGCUGUUAAUAUUUUGUGUUGGUUCAGUGGUGGUUUCCAGAGGAACUAUUGAUGGUGCAAGCAUGCUUUCUUUUGUAACUUCACUGUUUCUAUUGAUAGAGCCGAUCCAGGGUGUUGGUAAGGCAUACAGUGAGUUGAAACAAGGAGAACCAGCUAUUGAGCGCUUGUUCGAUUUAACCAAGUUCAGCUCUCAGGUUAUUGAAAAACCAGAUGCAGUUGAUUUGGGGUCUGUUACUGGGGAUGUAAAGUUUUGCAAUGUAUCAUUCAAGUACGGAGAAAAUAUGCCUUUUGUCUUAGAUGCAUUGAAUCUUCAUAUCAAACCUGGAGAGACUGUGGCUCUUGUUGGGCCCUCUGGAGGGGGAAAGACGACCUUCUUGAAACUGCUUCUUCGUCUUUAUGAGCCUCUAUGUGGCUCUAUCCUUAUUGAUGAUCAAAAUAUCCGGAGCUGUACACUGGAAAGUCUUCGGCGGCAUGUUGGUCUAGUUUCUCAGGAUACAACACUUUUCUCAGGCACAGUUGCUGAAAACAUUGGCUAUCGGGAUUUCUUAGGAAAAAUUGAUAUGAAGAAAGUUGAGCAUGCAGCAAAGACUGCAAAUGCAGAUGAGUUCAUCAGAAACCUUCCGGCAGGAUAUGAAACCAAUAUUGGACAAAGGGGUUCAAUUUUUAGUGGGGGCCAGAAACAGAGGCUAGCUAUUGCAAGGGCAAUCUAUCAAGAUUCCUCUAUACUGCUCUUGGAUGAAGCAACUUCUGCUCUUGAUAGCAAAUCUGAGCUCUUGGUCAGACAAGCUUUAGAGCGGCUAAUGGAAAAUCGUACUGUACUUGUGAUUGCCCACAGAUUAGAAACUGUUCUAAUGGCUGAUCGCAUAUUGCUUUUGGAAAAUGGGAAGCUGGAGGAGGUAUCUCGAACAUCUCUUGUGUCCAACAGUAAUUAUGUUUCACUUAUGGCGAGUGGAAUGGUGAUAUGAUUACAGUUGAAUAACUCAUGUACAGUAUACGUACUUGGUAGUUUAGGGUGCAGCAAUCUUUACUAACUUGACUUAAAUGUUUACCAUAUCUUGUAUAGAUGCCCUCAUAUAUGAUUGUGAAUCUCAGAAAUGGAUUUUAUUCUUCCAGACAUCUGUAUUAAUGUUUUAUCAUUUAAAUCAUUAUUCCGGAAA